GCCACUAGACGGACGAUGCAGUCUUCAUCAGCGAAACGAACAAAGCAUGACGCAAAAACCAAUUUCCAAAUGUAAAUUGAAAUAUAAAAGCAAUUAACUAUGAAGUCGAUGAAGCUUGAAUUGAUAUUAUGUUAUCCACUGGCGAUGACUAGGUAGUACCUGCCGAAACUAGACUCGAACCGUCUCCGACUGCGACACGAGGGACCUCAAAAUAUUAGUUAUCGUCAGUGGAUACAAUGGGGACUGUUUUGAGGACAUAACUAUCAGAAGAUCGCUUUUUAAUUUUAAAUGCAUGCUUCGUGCCUUCUAGCACUUGCAGUUUGUGGAUUGCCGUACACAAUCACACAAGAAAUACAUCCUCAUGGUCAUGAAGCUGAGAAAUUUGAUUUUGGCCGGAUAACUACAGUGCUUACCACGACGAAAGUGUACUACGCGCCGAACCCGGGGCUGGACGCGUACUGGGUGGGCGGCGAGUGGGUGUUUGGCAGCACGCGCACCACGGCCACCACGCUCGAGACGUCGCGCCAACGCAUCAUCAACGCCGACCGCAUGCUCGUGUGCGGCCGGCCCUGUGCGCGCGUCUAUAGGAAACUAACGGGCAACGUGUGCGUGCACAAGCUGGACAACGUGUACGACCCGAAGUACACCGGCGAAUGGCAACAGUCCAAGACCCUGGGGCUCAUCGACUGGCGGCUCGGCGGCGUGAUGGACCGCAACUACGACUACCUGCGCACCUUCGACUCCUACUGCCACUUCCUCGACGCCCAGUGUCGCUCCAAGCUCGCGCACGGCUCCGGCUUCGCGUUCCUGCACAUGGGCCCGUGCCUGCGCGACGAGGACGCCUUCCCCAACCUCAUGUGGGCCAACGACAUCAAGAACCGCAAGCGCCAGUUCAUCCACAAAUACUACAAAAUGUUAAACUACGAAGGUAAACUACGUUAUUGGUUUGUAUUAUUGUUAGUCACCACGUGAGCUCAGAGAGCCUACGUGAAAAACGAAACAUUGUUAUUUGUCUCUCUAUCGCACGAAUACAGAAGAGCAAUAGAGAGGCAUAUAACGAAAUUUCGUUUUUCGCGAUAGGCCCUUAGCCCUCAGAUGGCCAAAACAGCGGUCGAUUUUAGACUCGUGAUCACAUGUGCUGGUUCAUGUUAUUGUAACCAUCAAAGAUAAUUUUUAAAUAGAGGUGGAUUGUCAAAGAAAACUUUGAAGCCACAGUAAAUUUACUGCCAUCUUUCGACGCAUGAUUAAAACUUUUAGAACGUCAUUUGACUUUAGUCCUUAUUCUUUCACUGAUAUGUGUUCAAUUUGUUAAAUAUCAAAAAGUGGAGCCAUCUAAUAGAUUAAAGGCCAGAGGUAUGGCGGCAUCUUUCGAGCGAUGGUUAUGGCCGAUAAGAUGGCACCACUUUUUGAUAUUUAACAAAUUUAACACAUAUCACUGAAAGAUUAAGGAUUAAAGUCAAAUGACGUUCUAAAUGUUUUAAUCAUGUGUCGAAAGAUGGCCGUAAAUUUACCUGGUUACAGUUUUCUUUGACAAUCCACACCUCUAGGUAUUCCAUAUUCUCUUUGGUAACCAUUCUGGUUCCCGCAUACAGUAGGUACUUACUUGGCUACAGUCAACCAAAUUGUUAAUGUAUGUACGGCAGGCAAGUACCUACGGUGAGAGGAAAGCUUUCAUUUAGUACUUAUACGAUAAUAUGUAGUCACCAAUUACAAAAAUUAAGAUACCGAUAUAAGGUAAGGUGGUAAUAUAUUAGUUACCGAUAUUUUACUUUACAUUAAAAUAAAUAAUUUUAAUUAUAAAUUAAGAAAACUUGUCAAUUAUUUUUUGUCUUUUCAUUCACCAAACAAAGAAAUAUAAUUCUACCUAAGACUAAUCAUCAUGUGCAUUUACCUGACACGAUGUUGAACAUUUUGUGCCAUAAAUUGUUUCUCUUAAUGUCAUUAUCUUCGAGCAACACCGGCUUCCGACAUAGGUCAUCACAUCAUGUAUGGAGUGUGGAAUUAAAGGGAGGAAAAUCUCUUAUGGCAGAACUAUUGCAAAAGUGACCAGCUUUCAGCUGUAAAAAGCUUAAUAGUUCCUAAUCUCUCCGGUGGCGCUAGGUAGGCUCAUGGAUUACAUGAAUCAUAGAGGUAAAGUAAAUUUUAUUUGUGGAACACAGGUGUUACAAUUAAGCUCUAUAUAUAAAGUAAUAAAUAGAACUCUGUGUUUUGCCUAUUGGUGUACAAAUAUUUAAAUAGUCACAUAUGUUAAAAUUAAAAUGUUACACAUCAAAUACCUUAACAAAGGUAACAAUUAAAACAUUUAGAAUAUAAUAGAAUAGCAACAUUUCACAAAUCUAAAAUAUAAUGAUGAAGUACUUAGUUACUUACAUGUUAAACUAGUAUCUAAAGCUUGACCAGUAAUAUAUGAUCAUGCGCCAUAUUGCGGAAUUUCAUUGGAACUAAAUUUUUCAUACUAAACUGAACUGUCAACCUAUACAUGAGAAUAGCAGCUCUUGACAAUGAUCAUAUAUUUCUGGUUGGGCUUUAUAUAAAAUGGACAAGUUAUAAUUUUUUCAGGUAUCUUCAGAAAAAUCACUUACUGAGUAAUAGCAUUUGUUUAUUAAGUAUUAAUUUUGUUGUAUUUUAAAUUGGUCAGGUUGCAGGGACCUUAUAAUAUAUAGAUGAA